GCAGCACCUCCUAAUAAGAACACCACGUCCAGGUAAAACAAAGCCUCGGAAGGAGACGAAUCAGUACCGCUUGGGCUGCCGUAGGGGGUGGAGGUCUUCCUCAAGCCAAAACACCAAAACAACCAUAUUGAUGUUAUAUGAAGGACUGCAGAGAAUUUUUAGGGUUUCUAAAACCAUAUGUAGACGAGAAUGGUGGCGGUGUGUAAACGCGACGAUGAAGGUGGUGAUAGUGGUGAUGACGAUGGUGAUGAUGGUGUCACUGACCUACUAUGCUCCACUACACACCUCUAGACUACUUAAAAGGGCCCUUCACCCGCCCCCCAACACCACCUGGCCGCCAUCACAGUCAACUCCAGGAGGUUGUACUCCGAGGCACAAUGUUAUGUUUCUUAAGACGCAUAAAUGUGCUUCAUCCACUACCCAGCGCAUCUUUCUCAGAUACGGUAAGACCCACGGGCUGACUCAGGUGCUACCGCUGACGGGAAAUUACCUGGGGUCACCUCUACCCUUUAAAGCUGGAAUGAUACCAAGGGCGCUAAUGACUCCCGACCAUAAGUACAACAUGAUGGUGGUCCACACACGUCUGGAUGUUGACGCUCUGCACAAAGUGAUGAAGGACAACGCUGCCUGGGUGACCAUCGUGCGAGAGCCUGUGGCCCAGUUUGAAUCCGUCUGGUCCUUCUUCAAUCUAGAGGAGCACUACAAGAUGCCGAUAGCAGAGUUCGCCACCCAACCUUACUCGGCAGUGGUGAGGGAUCGUCGACAAAAAGUAUUCGGAAUCCAUCAAAUGUUCUUCGACUUAGGCUACAGCAGCAUCGAGGAUUAUGAACCUGGCGAGUUAAUGCAGAAGAUCAAGAGAUUAAACGAUGUCUUUGAUCUGGUGAUGAUAGCCGAGAGAUACGACGAAUCGCUAAUAUUGCUUAAAAAUCUCAUGUGCUGGACUACAGAAGAUAUUGCCUACCUCAAAAUUAACGACAGGAAAAGGUGGGGAAGAAUACAAUUGUUUGAGGAGACGAAGGAAAGGUUACGCCAUCUUAACCACCCCGACGUGAAGCUCUACAAAUUUUUCUACAAUAUAUUUGACCAGAAGGUUAAGAUGUUUGGCGAGGAGCGGAUGCAGCGAGAACUAAAUGAACUGUUUAUAGCCAAUGAAAGAUUGAAACUGUCUUGCCUGGUGAGUGAGCUGGACCCCCUAAAAGCCUCGCAUGAAAUGGAUUGGGUUGCCUCAGUAAAUAAACAGGUGGUGAGGAAAGACAACCAGACAUGCGUCGACCUGGCCAAGACGGAACACAGUAUGUUGAACGAAGUGAGGAACAAACAGAAGACGUGGGUGGAGGGAAACUGGAAACAAAACCUUACACAGAUAAUGAUGAAAGAAGAUCCCCCAAAACAGAAUGAAGACUUACAAAAGAAGUUAUUCAAGGUGUUGAAGGCUAACUGAGGUAAGUAUGGAUAUAACUGAUGAAGAAUCACAAUUAUAAACAAUACAAGUU